AUGUCAGAAGAGUUUAUGUUUAGCAGGAAAUUUGCUAUCGAAACCAUGAUAAUGCCUCCUCAGCCCACAGAAACAAAUAUUGUGGAUAUAUUGAUAGGUUGUUUUUACCGUCCCAGUUAUAUAUUGACAAAUAUUAUUCGCCAGUGCGUAGAUAUUGAGUUUGGGGUUAACCGAGAUUUGGUACAAGUAACUUCCCUGAGAACCUGGCUUCAAAAACAACUUGUUUUGCUAUUCGUUCCUGAUAAGAUGAACGUGAAAAUUGCAGAGUUUUCGAUGGACUUUGUGAAAAAAACAGAUUUAACGGGAGCUAUAUACUUGGAAAACCUUUUUCUGUGGUACAUAUUAAGGCGACACGUUAAUCUAGACACCAAAGAGGGUUUAGCUUUCCUACCGUCGCUCUACAGGGGCAUGAUGACUAGCGAUUCUAUAAUUUUGCCAAAAGAGCUAGAUGUGAAUCAAAGCGAUCGCUAUUUUAUGCGCGUGCUAGCCGCAAAUAUUUGGAACGAUACCUUUGGUACCCCGUUUCAAUUCAACUUUGGGCCUUGUUGUAAAUAUGCCUUAAUGUGCGAUUUUCCCCGAAAACUCUCCGUCGAAUUUCGACCGGUGCCACAUUUCCGUUUCAAAUCGGAUUUCUAUUACGUGGAAAAAUUCCGAUCGCAAGAUCUCAAUUGGUAUAGAUUCAGGUCUACGGUAUUACCUAUACCUUGGAAGGGUUUGAAGUCGGGAGAAUAUAAAAUGAUCGAUGGAUCGAAAAACAUUGAUCCGAUUUACCCACCAACUUGGUUCGUGCUCAAAUUGUUGUUUAUAGAUCACGAAAACGAAACGCUUCUGUAUAUUGUGGGUAAUGAAGGUUUGUGGCUAAGUAAACGGUCAUCCCUAUCAUUACCCGGAUUAGUCAUGGAAAUUGAUAGUGUAUGCCGUAAUCGAAUCAAAGCAAAAACAGGCCUGGGAGAAACAUGGCUUUUCGAAAUUAACGAAACCGAAUUAUCUACCUGCGACAACAUGAUUUCAACUAAAGUGGAAAAUGGUAAAUGCUUUAUUACGGUGAAAAAGGCACGCAACCAAAAAAUAACAUCCUGCCAUUUGAAGUACAAUACCGACAACCGUUCGCAGAUCUUGUUUUCCUAUCAAGAUGGUAUUGCUACCAUUGACGGUUUCCAAUUUUCCUGGUGAUAUAUUUGCGUGAACGAUUAUGCGUGGCUUGAUGUG